ACCUUAGCCAAUUCUUACAACUAUAUUUACGUAAUUGUAGAAUGGGCUUAGGCUCUCUCCUGAGUAAUUGCGACAGCCAUGUUGGAGUCGUGACGUCAGAAGCGAGGAAUAACACACUAAUUUAUGCUGCAAGCCAUUUGUAAAUAAAGACAAUUUGGAUAAAUCUAAAUGACGAGAUUGUUAUAAAAUACCUGUAAAAAUGGGCAGAAAUUGUCCUUUUCUUCCUUAAUAUCAAUAAAUAAUUGUAAAAGCCAGGUAAAGUGAGUCUAAUUUCGGGCAGAAACACACGGUUUAAACAGUUAUUGAAAUGAAAGAAAUAUAUGCUUUUACGUAUAAAAUUCCAAGAUAACUACAGUUUUUGUCCAUUUUUAGGACUUUCAUAAGUACGAGACACGUCACAUUUUCACAAUUAAGUAAAUAAUAAUGAAAUGAUAUGUAACACAAAUUUCGUCAAAACGUCAUUUUUCCACGCCUACAAGUUCAGCCAUUUAUCGUGGCGAGGCGCUGUAACACACACACAAGCACGAGUGCGCCAAGAGCACAUGUACAUGGACUCGUGCUUGAGUGUGUGUGUGGCUAUCGAUUUCGCUACAUUUCGCCAGACUGAUUUUGAAUCGCAUGCUGACUACUCUGGAGUCUUGAUACAUAUCAAAAAUUCGACCAAGUGAAGUACACCGCUCGAUGGACCCGGGAACUCGGGAUCGACUUCCGUCACUGGUCGCGCGACGGCAGCGCCGCUGGACUUACUCCCUCCACCGUAGCCUCGGACGUUCUGUCCGCCGUGCUCGGCUGUGAUCGGAGGAGCGACAGUAAACAGCUGGCGACGCUUUGCGUCAGUACGAUACGCAAAACGGGACUGUGCGGAGCAGGUCCGCCCGUCGUCCCCCCCCUUUUCCCUUCCAUCCAAUUAUAUCCUAGCGAGAUCCCUGACCGACACAUUUCUCGGCCGCUGUCCAAGCCGAAGCCUUCGUCGAAUUGUUCCGACGCAGAAUAAUCCCGACAUCUCCGAACCAUUAAUCGUCGACGAGAAGACGUCGAAACGAGCGAGCGUUGUUGUCGUGAAAAAGCAGCGGGGAAAGCGGAGUCUCUUUGUUCGGCGCGACCGCUCUGCGCAUAGACUGACAGUGCGCACGGCGCAGCAUUGUUUGUGUUGUGUCGCGCGGUUGGUUCACUUCGGUCGCUUCUCUUCCGUCGAUCCUUUUUCACACAAAGACGGACCGGACUCUCGACAGCGUCGUCCAGCGACCUAAAUCAGUGCGAGGAUUAUUCGUGGAGAGGGACACCUGACUGACAAACGGUGACCGUGUUGCUGAUGAACGACGGUGUCGCUCGAAUCGAGAAGCGAGCGAACGAGAGAGCGACGGAGAGCGAGAGAGCGCGGCGGCGACGGACGCGGUGGCGUAACGCGGUGCGCGAGUGCUUUGUUUUGCCGAGCAGCUGAUCCGACGCGACGGCGAGCUACUGCGAGCUACGCUUAACGGACGGUACGUGCGACACGCGCGUCGACGUUUUAUCAUCGGCGCGCACGACGUCGGGGAAGAGCCCCGGGAAUAAACGCGACCACCACCCUCGACGAGGCGUCCAACCUUCGGCGGAUCAACCUUCCGACGACGUUGAAACGGUCGGGAAUCGUAGCGGUGACGAUUGGCCCCCGUUGUUGGGAAUCGAUUGCCAACGACGACGCUUCGCGUUGCAAGACGGAUUUUCGUCGAGUCUGACGUAGUCCGACGUUCCGUGAGGGUGCCGUGUGAAACUAAAUUGAUAAUUGAUUUAGCGAUCGGACGCUUCGCAGAAGGGAAGGGAAUAGUGAUGGUAAACGUGACGUGAAAGAAUUCCAAUUCUUGAGAAUUCCCCACGGAAAAUUCCUGCUAAACGGAGUGCAAUAAAGUCGAGUGCUCGAAUCUCCGGAGUCGCUGGAAGACGCUCGAUCACGUGAAUCGUGCGUACGUCGGGAGAUUUUGCUGUGUAUCGCAGGGAGAUUAUGACAUAAGGGCAACCGGUGUUACUCGUCGGAUCCCCCACAGGCAGAGGUGAACAGACAGCGGGAGUGAAUUUUUUUUUUUUUUUUUUUCAAGCGGGUGAACGUUCUCGAUUGCGCGAGGAGCGAAAACGUGUUUGGUCCCGAGUUACUUUCCCCACGGUAUCGCGGCGAAGAACAAAGGAAACGACUCCACUGGACUCCACAAGACGACACGAAGACACGCUGGUUGACGAUUUGAGUUUCUUCUUCGACAAUCGGAAACCGAAGAAUCCCCGCCCACUUCGAAGCGAUCGGGCUCUCGCGCGCGAGAGAGAGAUAUCUGGAUGAUACUCUGCAACGCGGCGCGAUUCUCAGUGGCUUUGUCUCAGAAUCGACGGCGAGGAUCGCAUUGAUCGAUGCGGCAUAGUCUUGACGGGGCCGUCCUCGCGAACGAUCGAGAACGUGGGGUACGGCCCCGAUCGAGCUGACUAAGGGAACCGUCCAAACCGAGGGCCAAUCCUGCUGCUAAUAAGGCCCACGGUGGAGGAAGACAUCCGUGACGGGGCUGUUUUAGCAAUUUCUACUCUUGUGUUGCUGUAAGGAGUCUAUCCACGAGACGCAACAUGCUGUACAUCUUCCACGUUGACACCGGCACCACCAUCACCUUCGACAUCAAACUGGCACUGCAAAGUGUCAGUCAGCUGAUGGAGGCGAUCGAGAGGGAAUGCGGUGUGGUAGCGGCGCAUCAGGUGCUGCUUAUGAGCGGAGGCGAAUGCUUGGAACCAAAUGCACGCGUGUGCUCUUACUCGGCUGGAACCGACACAAAUCCGAUUUAUCUGUUCAGCAAGGCCGCCAUUGAAAGCAGCCUCCCGCCCACGCCGAGUAUAGAUUACGGUUCCGAUGUCGACCUGCAGACUCAGAUCGAUGCCUCACUGGCGAUGCCAGCCACUUAUCAGACUCUUUGCGCACGUGCUCAUUUAGCCCAGCAGUGUUGCGGGCUGGCGCGUGAGCAGACGAGGAUCUGCGAGAGGCUGGUUCACGAUCAGCAUCUCCAGCAACAAGGCUGGGCCGCGGUGGUCGCCAAUCUUGAGGACAUCACACAUAUGUUUCAAUCACGAGCCGAGCAGUUCCAGCAAGCCUUCGUCUUGUACCUCGCCGAGAGGCAGCAGCACAUGAAGCUCCUUGAUAACUUCAGCGCUGAUCUCGGCACUCUUGCAAAAAUUCCAAUUUUGCCGGCCUUGAGAGCUCAAGCCGAGGGCUUGUUGAGUCCGGAUGAUCAACCGAGUCAAACUUCCGAAACUGCAUCGGAGGAUAGUGGGGAAGUACUAAGUCUGUUACGAUGGAUCUCUGCGAAAGACAAUCAAAGCAGCCUAGAGCAAGUGGCAGAGCAAUGCUCGCGUGGCCUGGAGCAGUUCGAUGAACGAUUGAUGCAGGCUUUGAAGGCAGAAGUGAACGGGGCUGUCGAUAAUGCUAAUAAGCAAGAUAUGAAGGAGAUUAAGGGCCUAGGCGAGAGGCUGUUUGCUCUGGAACAGUUGAUGGUGCAGACCAAGAGACUUGUCCACGAGCAAGGCGAGCUUGCUCAAGGUUUUCUGCAGAAUCAGAAUCGCGCGAGCAAUUUAGGCGAUGCGAGCGUCCUGCCAGAUCUUUGCAAUUCUCACCGGCGGCAAUUGCUUGUCAUGUUGCAAAAUCACAAUCAGCUGCGCGAUAUCCGCCGCAGAUGCACCAAGGCGAAGGAAGAGUUGUCGGUGAAUAUCUAUCAUCGCUUGAAGUGGAUCAUGUACGUGGAGAAUAAGAUGGUGGAAGUGGGCAACAAGCUAAUCAUAUAUCACGAGAGCCUGAAGCGGUUGCGACGGCAUCUGGAGGUGCUCCAACAGAUCCACUUAGCUCCGCAGAUGUACAUAAGCGCGGUGGUUGAAGUUGUUAGAAGGCGCACCUUCUCGCAAGCUUUUCUCGUAUGGGCAAGCAAUUUGGCGUGCCAACUGUUGACUGUUCAUAGCGAGGAGUUGGCACGUAGGCGAGAGUUUCAGAGCAAAUUUGACGGCCACUUCUUGAACACUCUCUUCCCAGGUCUGGAGGACACACCACCGCCUUUUGCAACGCAAGCACCUUCUGUUUUUGACAACGGGCUACCUAAGCUAACCGCGGACGACAUGGAGUCAUUGCGAUCGCAGCUUCCGGAUUUGGCGCUUACAAUUUCUACGCCAGAUUUGAGCAGCAUAACGCAAUUCUUCUUAUCGAAAAGCUUCACCGAAGGUAGCACCGAUGGUACCAAGGAGAAAGACACCACAUCAGUGAGCACCGAUAUUCCCGCAAAGGAACAAGAACGCACUAGAGCGCCAUUAUUAUCUGAUAGGGGCGAUUUUGAAUCCGAAACUGAUACGGAGGAGUUCGAGAAAAUUGGUCAAGCCGGCGUGGAAGUAACCAAGCCUGGUGUGUUCGACGGGGCGAAACAGAAACGGCAGAAGCAAUUGGAGGAGAAUCUCGGUAAUACGCGUGAGGAAGUGGAAAGGUUGCGUUCUAUCCUGAAGACCAUGAAAACGGUUGUAUGCGAGGAGCUCAGUUCCGUGCGGAAUGAAUUGGCGAUUCUGCGAAAUCAAUCUAACGAGGACAAGAAUGGCAUCGUCGAGAUGACGGAGCGCGUUCGAGUGGCAUUGUCCUUGCACUCGCAAGAGUACGAUCGACGUCUUCAGGAGCGUGAACAGGAAAUGACAAUCGAGCACGAGUACGAGAUCGCGGAUGUUAAGAAGCUAAUGCAGAGUCGUGAGGAAGAGAUCUGCACGCUCAAGCGUAAUCUUCUUGAAAGGGAAACUGAAUUGGCGGAACACGAGCGACUGGUAGCCACGAUGCAUCAAAAAUUGGAAGACGAGCAAAUUGAGAGGAGGAACUUACAUGAUCGUUUACAUCAGCAACUCGAGGACUAUUCGAGGGUACUAGAACAAGCGCGCAUAGAUAAGGAAGAGGCCGUGAAAAAAUUGAAUGACGAGAGAUUUCUCGAGAUCACUUCUUUAACAAAUUCAUUGACACAAUGCCAGAAGCGAAUUCAAGAAUUAGAGGAGAAUCUGGUCACCGCGCGCAACAAUCAGGAGAGAAUGGUAAAAGAGGCAACUGAUAAAUUGCAGAUAGAAUAUAAAACGGAAUUAGAGACUAUUCGGAGCCGCUUCAAACUUAUGACCGCUUCUACCAUGGAAAGGAGUCCUAGCGAUUCUAGUUUAGAGAAGAUCGAACGAACAGAUGUUAUUGAGCUUGUAAAUCAUGAGGCAAUUUUGGCGCAAGCAAGAGAAGAUAUGAAAAUUGAGAAUGCUGUGGCAGUCCGUACUGCUAUUAUAAAGGAAAGGGCCGAUUGUAUGGCAAAAUUGGACAACGAAUUAAGAUUGGCGAAGGAAGUAGUCGAAGAGAAAAAUAGGGAAAUAGAAAUGUACAGAAUGAGAACGGCCGCGCUGAUCGAACAGGGCAAACAUUAUAAGCAUACGAUAGAUCGAUUACUUGGAGAUUUCGAACUGAAAUCGGAGAUACAGCAAACUUUGAUGGAGAAGAUGAAAAAUCUUGAAGCGGACAAGGCGUGUUUGGAGAACAAAGAAACCGCAGACAAAGCAAUGCGAACGGCUUUGGAACAAAACGAUGAUAUCGUGUAUCCUCUAGAAGUUGGAGUAUGCAAAGACUUGAGCUACGAUCGAUUGGAUGCUGGUCAAAUUUUAGAAGACAUUUUCAAGGAAUCCGAAAAGUAUGAGGUUGAGGUCUCAGAAUCGAAGAAAGUACGAUUGGAAGCUGACGAUGAUGAUCUGGCUCGACUAUCGAGACGACUUGAGUCUGUCGAAAAUGACAACAAGAGGCUGUCCUGCGAGCUAAAUUCGAUACGCGCGAGUAAAAUAGCGGCCGAAGCAAAAGUGGAGGCAUUAAUGACGGAUAAAAUUCGUUUGGAGGUUGAGUUGCUGAAAGAGCGUACUAAGAGGACGUUUGGUCUUGAUCCGAUGCCGGAAAAUCGCGACAAAGACAUGAAUGCGUCGGUCGCAGUAGUUUCGGACUCCAAUUCAAGUCGGGACGCGGCCACGAGUCCAGAGCCGACGAGUCGACGAUCAUCUUCCAAAUCAAUGUGCUUCCACUCCUCCCUUCCCUCAUACGUACAUAAGAAGGUCGCAGAAAAAGUGGCAAAGAUGGUGCAACAGGGAAUUGUCACUGUCACUAGUUGUAAUCCAGGUGAUGUGGUACUCGUAGUCUGGGACGCUGUACAUAGCAAUUAUGCGGUGUAUCAGGAAUCUUCGACUUUUUAUUUCCUUCAUUCGGACUGCGUAGGUGCAGUGGAAGGAAUAACUCCGAGUGCUCGGAAGUGCGUUCUCGCUGAAGUGAUCGAUAAGGAGUACUGUCAUGCCAGAAAGCAUGAAAAUCGAUACCACGUCCCACGUGGCACGAAAUUCUAUAGAGUGCACGCUAAGCCACGAGAUGCACGCGCGCUGAUAGACGAGACGGGUUUGAUGUCAAAGAGUCAACUACCGUAAUUUUACGUUCAGACUGUGUCGAGAAUCCCUUGAUUCUUGCCUAGUACAAGCGCUGUGAUCGAGGAUUUGCGUCGGCAGACCGCGUUCGUUAGGGGACCAGCGACCCGGAACGCAAAUCCCGAACUUACGUCUCCGCAACCAUCCGGAAACCUCGGAUCUAGGCCAAAACCUGCCAGAGCCUCUAGACGCAUCCUUGAUACCAAUGAACGCUGGAAAGGGAGUGAUCUAUAGAAAGAGGUAUGCGCAAGUUGGAUAACAUGAAAUGAGACGGAAGGAUGCGCCGGCGUUUUAUUGUGAUAUAAAUAAUUUUUAAACGAGUGAAACAUAUUUGCCGAAUGCUGUGGUUAGCUGUGAAGCGUAACGAUAUUUGUAUUCUUCGACUUUCUUUUUUCAUAAAUGAAAAAAAAAAAACAAAGGAAUGUGAGUGUCAUCGACGAUUCUCUCUUUCGAUAAUUCGAUAGGUUGACUAGUGUGUGUGAGAGAAAGGGAUUGUUUAACUUCAACAUUAGAUGUACAAUGCGGAAAGA